GAACUCUAGCUUACAUGGGCCGAAAACUGCAUUUGUGAGUGAGACCAGGAAGAGGCAUUGGUCGGACCCGCGUGGUUCUCCCGUGUCCUCUCUCUCUAGUGUCGACGAGUGGGCGAACGCCGCCACCGCCUUACGCCAGUCGCCAGGCGCUCAGGUUUUCAUCUUCGGGCCCUUCACCGGCGACCAGCACCCAACAGGCUUUGAUGAUUGCUGUACAAGGAUGAUAUGGCCUCCCGCCCAAAGCUGUCUGGUAUUCAGAAGCAGGUUUUGGCGCUGUACAGGGGAUUCCUUCGGACAGCACGCCUUAAGGCCCCUGAAGAACGCCGCAGGAUCGAGUCUGUUGUCUUUGCAGAGUUCCGUGACAACGCAAGGAGUGUUGACCGUAGGAACUUUGUACACAUAGAGUACUUGUUGAGGAGAGGGAAGAAGCAGCUUGAGCAGCUCAAGAAUCCUGAUAUUACUGGACUCGCUACCCUUGUAGUAAAGAAAUGAGCAACAGUUGUCGAAAUUUACAGGUCCAUUCAUUGCCAGAACAAAGUAUCAUCAUGAUACCGGUGUUUCUAAUGUGAAGAUUUGGAACCUGCCACUGAUGGUGUCCAAAUAAAAUAAAUAUGACCACAGAUUACAGAUUUGAUAUCCAGGGACUUUCUAAUCAGCCUAUUAGAAUCUGAAGAUAAAUCUUGUAGCACCUGUCCGGUGACCCAUAGUAAUAUUAUUUUACUCUUGCUGUAAGCAGAGGUUAACACUAAAAAAAGUAUUGUGAUUGGUCUGAACUUUUUGUGCGGUAUAAAGCAUGUGAUUCAGCUCAACUUGACUUUUCCAA